AUGAUUUAUUGUGCCUCGCCGGGUUCGUUCGCCGUAUUAGAUCAUGUCGCGUGGCUAGCCUCUGAGUGUCAUCGUAAGAAUAUUUUUUGUGCUCUUGUCUGCACGAAUAUGUGGGCUGGUAGAAAUCGGGAAGACAUCGUCAAUGAGUUCUGUAGACUUCUGAAUACUGUUCAUCCAGACAUCCAGCGAAAGAAAGAAGAUAAUAUCAUUUAUUACAAUCGUGUCGCUCUGGUGGCGAUGGUCAAUAGCAAAGAGUACGUUGAUAAAGGCUUUGGUGUUACUAAACCCCCCGCCGGUAUCGAGGAACUGAUUUUUGGCAUCGCUAAAUGUCUCGAUCGAGAUCAUAUGUUUGCAUGGUUUCGAACCGUUUCUCAAAAUCCAUCUUAG